AUGCUCGAGCUGAGACCUUCAACAAAGAUAUUUUAUAAGUUGUUAGACUUUACUGCCUCGACCAGCAUUAGUGGCUCGUUAACAUUGGCCUACUUCUAUCUGCUUAUUAACAACACAACUCCAACAAUUUCAUCAGCACCCCAACUUGGUAUAAAAACCAUUGUUAUAGAACGCUCUGAUAAAUGUAGCGAAUGCAAAAAGGAAAAAUGUCCAGCUCGCCGUCACACCAGAUUCAAUGAGAUUGUGAAGUCGAUUGGUGACACCAAUCAUGUUCCAGAUUGUGCAAAAAUUGCAACAAAGAUUGUAAUGGUUAAUGUGAAGACCCAAGCAGGAGACACCAAGUUUCUACAGAUUCAUCCAGGUAGCCGACACACGGUCAACCCAGCCAUCCAUCCUUUCGAGGUUGGUAAAUGGGAAGACGACGUAAGUUGUCGCAUAUUGGCCGGCGAGAUGGCUCAGUGGUUCAAAUGCGCGCUGAGUCAAACAUCUCAAUGGCUAUCAUAUACUCAGCGUAUAUGA